AAGCACAGGCCCUGCCGGGUUGGGAGACAGCCCUGUACUGAAGCCUGAAGGGCAGUGAGGAGUUCCCCGACUUGGGGUGGGCUGUAGGGAGUCAGAUCCCACAGUAGAGCUGCGAGCGCACAGGCAGGGAGGGGUUUGGUGUCUGCCUUGAAGUUGAGGGAGUUGCUGCGGAAGACCUUUCCUUGCUAGAGGCAGGCUGGGGGCGGGACAGGAUGGGGGUCAGUGCCAAGUAAGAGGGUCCAGCCGUGGCCCUGGGCUUCCACGCCUGCCUAGGCACCGUCCCCCAGGCUCAGGGUAAGUGAGAACAUCUCAAACUCCCCAUGCCAAAAGGGAGAGCUCAGGUGUCUCCUGCCACUGCUGCUGCCAACCCGGCACCCCCCUGACAUCUGACCUCAGGGACACAGCUCCUGACCCAGCAGCCCACGGAAGGAGAGGAAGAAUGGGGAAGAAGUUGAAGCUCCAGGAGCUGACUCAGCCCCAGACACCUGACCGGAGUGGCACUGCAUGUGGCUGUGUGCUGGGCUGGCCCUGCCUCUGCGCCAGCAAGUUCCUGAUCUCAGGGUUCCACCAGUUUGGGCAACACGAGCUUCAGAGGAACUGCUUGGGAGAGGGGUUACAGGCUUGGCAGGAAGUGGAGGCUGGGGGCCUGGGCCUCUCGUCCAAGCAACCUGAGGUGGCACAGAAAGGCAAGGGCGUGGGGGAAUGCCGACCACCUGGGGUGCGUCAGGGGCACUUCCGUCUGCCAGGCAUUCCACCAGACCAGCUCAUCUGGCUCCCCGGGGCUCAGGAUGGGCAGCAUCCACUGUGUGGUUGGCUGAGGGUGGAGGGUGGGGACUCAGAGCAGAGGCCCGGUCCAGCCAGCCCCGGGGAGUACCAGCUAGGACAGAGAUACAGACUCACACACACUGGACAGAACACACCACACCCCAGGCCCACAGGGCACCCGUGCACUCCGAGGGGCCCAGCCAGGGUGGCUGUAUUCCGUUCUUGCACUGCUGUAAAGAAAUACCUGAGACUGGGGUAAUUUCUAAGGAAGAGAGGUUUAAUUGGCCCGUGGUUUCACAGGUACAGGAAGCAUGGCUGGGGAGGCUUCAGGAAACUUACCAUAUUGGCAGAAGGGGAAGCGGCAGGUCUUACAGGGCCGGAGCCGGAGGAAGGGGUGGGGCGGUGCCACACGCUUUCAAAAAACCAGAUCCUGAGAACUCUAUCAUGGGGACAGCACCGAAGGGGGAAGUCGCCCCCAGGAUCCAGUCACCUCCCACCAGGCCCCACCUCCAGCACCGGGGAUUACAUUUCAAUGUGAGAUUUAGCCAAGGACCCAGGACCCAGAGGACCUGCACAAGCUCUGGAGAGGCCGCCGCUCCUCUGGCAUCUUCGCUGCCCGCUCCACCCCUCCGGACUGCCCCAAGCUCACCCAGUCAUGCCUGUUCCAGGGUGUCUGACUGAGCCAGCGUGCAGGGGGCGGGGCUAGCCUCUAGCCCCAGGCCCAGUGGGGAGCCGACUGCCGUUUGGGGGCUGAAUUACGCCUCCGCUCAUGGUGGGGCGCAGACUCCUGGACCCUUCGAGGACCUCCUCAGAGCUGUCCAGAACUGCCCUGAGCCCCCUGGUCAACAGGAGCUGGUAGUCAGGGUGAGGGCCCUUCUCCCCCUUUCUUUGUGGAUCUGCCAGCUCUUGGGGAUCCUGUUCCCAGGGCCCUGGUGGGUAGAGCCACACCACAGGCACUCAGGCUCCAGGUGGCCACUCCCCUCCAGCAGCCCAGGCAGGGGGGCCCCUCAAAGGCCCAUUGUAGGCACCUCCGUGUGGCUCCCCAGCCCCCACAAGCUCACGCUCACACACGCACCACCACGCCCAUCCGUGGUCCCGCCUGUGGUCCCGCCCGUGGUCCCGCCUGGGCCAGCUUCUAGGUCAGUCCUGGGCAUAACUUCCCAGGAGAAGCAGUGGCAGGUGCUGCAGGCAAGGGCCGCCAUGGCUGGGGGUGUGUGGGGCCGGGCCCGGGAGGCUCCCGUGGGGGUUCUAACCCUGACAGCACUGACUGAAGGAAUCCGAGCCAGGCAGGGGCAGCCCCAGGGACCCCCUUCCACAGGCCCUCAGCCCAGGUCCUGGGAGCUCAAACCUGAAGCUGAGCCACAGACCCAGGCACUCACUGCCCCCUCUGAGGCUGAGCCUGGACGUGGGGCCACCAUCCCUGAAGCUGGCAGCGAGCCCUGCUCUCCCAACAGUGCCCUGGAACUAGCCCCUGAGGGGCCCCACCAGGUUCCCCAGAAUUCCUGGGAGGAGGGAGUUCUUGCCGACCUCGCAUUGUACAUGGCUGCCUGCCUGGAGGAGGCUGGCUUUGCAGGGACGCAGGCGACAGCGCUCACCCUGUCCUCAGCCCUGGAGGCCCGAGGGGAGCGGUUGGAGGACCAGGUGCAUGCUCUGGUGCGUGGACUGCUGGCGCAGGUGCCCAGCCUGGCGGAGGGGAGGCCCCGGAGGGCGGCCCUGCGAGUGCUGAGCGCGCUGGCCCUGGAGCAUGCGCGGGACGUGGUGUGUGCGCUGCUACCCCGCUCUCUGCCCCCCAAUCGGGCAGCAGCCGAGCUCUGGCGCAGCCUAAGCCGUAACCAGCGUGUAAAUGGGCAGGUGCUGGUGCAACUGCUGUGGGCGCUGAAGGGUGCUUUGGGGCCUGAACCCCAGGCGCUGGCGGCCACGCGGGCUCUGGGGGAGAUGCUGGCUGUUUCAGGCUGCGUGGGAGCCACGAGGGGCUUCUACCCACAUCUGCUGCUUGCGCUGGUCACACAGCUGCACAAGCUGGCCCGCAGCCCGCACUCCCCGGACAUGCCCAAGAUUUGGGUUCUGUCCCACCGAGGGCCACCACACAGCCAUGCCAGCUGUGCCGUGGAGGCGUUAAAGGCCCUGCUCACCGGGGAUGGAGGCCGCAUGGUGGUCACAUGCAUGGAGCAGGCAGGAGGCUGGAGGAGGCUGGUGGGAGCCCACACCCACCUGGAGGGUGUCCUGCUGCUGGCCAGUGCUAUGGUGGCACAUGCCGACCACCACCUGCGAGGCCUCUUCGCAGACUUGCUUCCGCGGCUGCGCAGCGCGGACGACCUGCAGCGCCUCACGGCUAUGGCCUUCUUCACCGGGCUGCUGCAGAGCAGGCCCACCGCACGGCUCCUGCGGGAGGAGGUCAUCCUGGAGCGACUACUCACCUGGCAGGGAGACCCUGAGCCCACCGUGCGCUGGUUGGGCCUGCUGGGCCUGGGCCACCUCGCGCUGAAUCGCAGGAAGGUGCGGCACGUGAGCACACUGCUGCCGGCGCUCCUGGGCGCACUGGGCGAAGGCGACUCCCGGCUCGUGGGUGCAGCGCUGGGCGCCCUGAGGAGGCUCCUGCUGCGGCCGCGGGCGCCUGUGCGGCUCCUGAGCGUGGAGCUAGGGCCGUGCCUCCCUCCGCUGCUGGACGACACACGGGACUCAAUCCGCGCCUCGGCGGUCGGGCUCCUUGGGUCUCUGGUGCGCCGGGGCCGGGGCGGGCUCCGGCUGGGGCUCCGUGGCCCCCUGCGGAAGCUGGUGCUGCAGUGUCUCGUGCCACUCCUGUUGCGCCUGCAUGACCCCAGCAGGGACGCUGCUGAGAGCUCAGAGUGGACCCUGGCCCGCUGCAACCAGGCCUUUUGCUGGGGCCUGCUGGAGGAGAUGGUCACCGUGGCCCACUAUGACAGCCCCGAGGCCCUGAGCCACCUCUGCCGCCGCCUGGUUCAGCGAUACCCAGGCCACGUGCCCAACUUCCUGAGUCAGACCCAGGGCUACCUGCGGAGUCCACAGGACCCCCUGCGCCGGGCAGCCGCCGUACUUAUAGGCUUCCUUGUCCACCACGCCAGCCCCGGCUACGUCAACCAGGACCUGCUGAGCUCCCUGUUCCAGGACCUAGGGCAGCUACAGAGCGACCCCGAGCCGGCUGUGGCCGCGGCAGCGCACGUGUCCGCCCAGCAGGUGGCAAUGCUGGCCCGCACCCGGGACCGCCCCCGCAGGCCCCGCCUCCUCCGCCUCGCCCCGCGCCCCGCCCGGCCCCCACCCGUCUUCGGCGACAGCCCCUUCCAGCGCCCAAGCCUGGCGGGCCGCUGGGGCUGCUCCGGACCCCACCGAGUUUGAGGCUGGGGGCUGGGACCCACGGGCCAGGGUCCGACUCGAGGACCCCACGGGCACAGCAGCCCGUCCCCACCCCGACGGAGGGGCUCCCUGGGCCUGGUGCUGGAUGCCAGUGCCCGCACCCACCCCCCACCACCGCGCCCCCUUUUCAGGCACCCACCACCCUGAUGGCGACGCAGAGGGACACCCGGCACCCAUCUGUCCCUGUCAGGGCUCUUGUUCUCACAGCCCCCUGGAGCGUGCCCCGUGCCCCACCUUGGGCCUGGCUCCUGGCCCAGAUGGCAUCUGGCCUCUUGAGUCUGGUGGAGGACCCCAAAGCUGGUGGUCCCAUAGGCUGCCCUCCUGGGUCUCCACCUCAUGCCUGGACAGGACGCUGUGGCCUGUCCGGGCCUUGGCCGGCCCUGCAGCUGCACCCCCGAUCCUCAUCCUGCAACCCAUUCCUUGUUAGCAUCCUGAGACUCCUGGCGGGCAUCCUCUCUGCUCAAGAGUGUUGACCUGUCUCCCGGCCGCACCUGCUGUGCCCCCUCAGCCAAGCCAUCAUCAUCCCCCCUUCAUCACGUCAGGCCUCAUAGGAACCAGGCCUUCUCCAGAAGCUGCCCUGACCUCCCCCAAGCUGGACCACGUAGGCCCUGGAUCACACCUGGGGGUUCAGAUGUGGGGGUCCUGUGUGCACACCCAAUCAGACUGAGCACUCAUGAUACUACCCCAGCACCUCUCCCAGGGUUAAAUGAGGAAUGCGCCACUGGACACAUGAGGAAGAGGCUGUUCUGGGAGCCGCCAGUGCUGUGCCCUCACCUCUCUGACUUUGUACAGCAGGUUCCUGCACCUAGGAUGCCUGCCUGGAAAUGUCCUCACAUUCAAGGCCUCCUUUGCAGCCUCCUCCUCAGUGAAGCCUCCACACGUGCACAGGGCGUGUGCACAGCCUUGUGAAGGGCUGGGACCAUUUCCCCAGACUGGGGCCUCAGGAGCAGGCAUGGGGUCCUCCUGACCUGUCUCCCCAGCUCCUGUACAGAAAACAUCUAAAAUAAACACACAUGGAUGGAAA